GUUUUAUUCCUGGCAGAGGCUUUAAAGCCAGGCUGAAGUGGAGAAUGCCUCCGAGGUAUCAAUAUUGUGAGGAUAUUCUCUUCUCUCUCUUUAUGGACUCAUGAUGCAGCGUCAUUCAACCCUCCUGGGAGUAAAACAUAAGAGAACACCAACACCAUCUAUUAUCUCCCUGGUCUUAGUCUGAGUUUUAGUCAUGAAGGAUCGCUUAGAAGAGCUGCGUCUGCAAAUCAAAGCAAAUCAGCAACUUCAAGAAGGUAACUCCUUCACCCAACAUGAGGAGGAAGAGCCAAUGUCCUUCAUUGGACUUUGGCCACAAGCUGUGCUCUUUGAGACUGAGCCUGUGUUGGAGAACUUCCUGGAUGAGGCCAAGCGUGUUCGUGAUAGCCUUGAAGAGCUGGAAACUGAGGUUAAGACGUUCAGUCAGCAGCAGAGAAACUUUGUGGCCACCAUGCGGCGCCUCAGCGUCAUGAAAAAAGAGAGCAGUCGCACUCGGGACAUCAAGCUGCAGGCUGAGAACCUGCAUAAGAAGCUCGAUGCCCUCUCAAAGCAGGCAAAGUGUACCGAGACUGAACUGGGGGCGUCAGCUGCUACAGCCCGGAUCCAACGUGCCCAGCAUGAUGUGCUCUUCUGUCGGUUCCAGGAGGUCAUGCGUCAGUACAAUGACUCGCUCCUGAGCAAACAAGACAAAUGCAAGCAGUUCAUCAUCAGGCAGCUAGAGAUCUCUGGCCGAGAGGUAUCAGAAGAAGAAGUGGAAAACAUGGUGGAACAGGGUAAGUGGGAUGUUUUCAAUGAGAACAUCCUGGUGGAUGUCAAGAUCACUCGCACACAGUUAUCUGAGAUAGAGCAGCGCCACAAAGAACUGCUCACCCUUGAGAACAACAUGAAGGACCUGAGAGAACUCUUUCUAGAUGUAUUCAUGCUUGUGGAAGAGCAAGGAGUGCAAAUUGACAAUAUCCAGGCCAAUGUAGAGAAGACUCAGGACUAUGUGAUGGCUUCUAAUGAGAAAUUCAAAAUGGCUUCCAGAUAUAGGAAGAAGAACCCUUUAAGAAGACUGUGUUGCUGUUGCUGCCCAAAGGCAUGAAAUCAGGGCAUACUAUAUAGUAUGAAGGGAUUAGGUUGUGAAAAAAGAGGAUUUUUAUAAAAGUAUGGACAAUGUUUGUGAUAAAAGCACAACCCUAGCUCAAUUUAAGACAUUUCUGUAGAAUCAAGAUACCAGAUUGUGAAGGCCAAGUGUGGAACCGAUUUGGAGCUACUAAUGGCACAAAUGUUCAUGUUUUAUUUUAGUUAUAUAGAAAAUAUUUAUUUAUAACAGAUUUAUUUUAUUUCUAGACUAUAUUACAUCUUUUUUUUAUGGCCAACCCCAUAGCAUUUUGUGUUCUGAAUUUUAUAUAUAUAUAUAUAUAUAUAUAUCUCAUUCUCAUCUCAUUAUCUCUAGCCGCUUUAUCCUUCUACAGGGUCGCAGGCAAGCUGGAGCCUAUCCCAGCUGACUAUGGGCGAAAGGCGGGG